AUGUCUCUUGGCGACUGGAUUCCCGACGGACUGCUGCCACGAUGGCUGCUCGUGGUUGCCGCCAUGGCCCAUCUCAACGGAGCAAACAACUUCAUCAAGCCUAGCUUCAGCGCUAAAGUCUACUCUAGCGCUGGCACCCAGAUCACCCCCUUGUCCGCCCGACUUUUUGGUGUCUGGAACUUUACAUCUGCCAUCAUUCGAGGCUAUGCUGCCUACAACAUCCACGACAAGGUAGCAUACGAGCUCUGCAUGUGGUCCUUUGUCAUUGCUCUGGCCCACUUCAUCUCUGAGACCUUCGUCUACAAGACCGCCAAACUCGGGCCUGGUAUCAUCAGCCCUCUGAUCGUCGCUUCUUCGAGCUUGAUUGCUAUGUAUCUUCAAUACGGAUCCUACCUCAACAAGUCGCAGACCUGGAUCUGA